AUGGGCCGCAGGAGAUUGGCUGGGGCUAAUCGGCGGGGUACAGCCAGCGCUCCGAGGUGGGUGGCGCCAGGGUUACUCAAUCGGCCCGCCCGGGAGCCGAACCUGCAGCAGACACACACACACUUCGCUCCUGCGCUGCGCUCCGCGCGCCCCGAAGUCACCGCGCCCGAAGCAAAGCGGACCACCAGGGAACCGGGACCCGCCAGGCGACGGCUCGGGCGGCAGGGGCCUGGAGGAGCGGCCCGAGCCCUGGCCCGAGAGGCCGCAAAGAGAGAGAGAGAGAUGCAGGGCGCACGGACGACGCUGCUGCUACUGGGGCUGGGGCUGGGGCUGCUGGUGGUGCCGGGCGCUCCGGCUGCCCGAGCCGAGGAGUAUGACUACUACGGCUGGCAAGCGGAGCCCCUGCCCGGCGGGGGCGGCGGGCGCUUCUACUCCAAGCCCCCGCAGUGCCUGGACAUCCCGGCUGACCUGGCGCUCUGCCACACGGUGGGCUACAAGCGCAUGCGGCUGCCCAACCUGCUGGAGCACGAGAGCCUGGCCGAGGUGAAACAGCAGGCGAGCAGCUGGGUGCCGCUGCUGGCCAAGCGCUGCCACUCGGACACGCAGGUCUUCCUGUGCUCGCUCUUCGCCCCUGUCUGCCUGGACCGGCCCAUCUACCCAUGCCGCUCGCUCUGCGAGGCGGUGCGCGACGGCUGCUCGCCGCUCAUGGGCUCCUACGGCUUCCCCUGGCCCGAGAUGCUGCACUGCCACAAGUUUCCUCUGGACAACGACCUGUGCAUCACCGUGCAGUUCGGCCACGUGCAGGCCACAGCGCCGCCAGUGUCCAAGAUCUGUGCCCAAUGCGAAAUGGAGCAUAGCGCGGAUGGCCUCAUGGAACAGAUGUGCUCCAGUGACUUUGUGGUCAAAAUGAGGAUCAAAGAAAUCAAAAGUGAAAAUGGCGACCGGAAGCUCAUUGGGGCCCAGAAGAAGAAGAAGUUACUCAAGACCGGACCCUUAAAACGCAAGGACACCAAGAAGUUGGUGCUGUACAUGAAGAAUGGGGCCAGCUGUCCCUGCCCCCAGCUGGACAGCCUGACAGGGAACUUCCUUAUCAUGGGGCGAAAGGUGGAGGGGCAACUUCUGCUCACGGCUGUCUACCGCUGGGAAAAAAAGAACAAGGAAAUGAAGUUUGCAGUCAAGUUCAUGUUCUCCUACCCUUGCUCCCUCUAUUAUCCCUUCUUCUAUGGGGCUGCCGAGCAACACUGAAGGGCAGCCCUUCCUUCUCCCCCACCUAGCCCCACCUGGUCUCAGCUGGUGCUUUCUCCUCCCAGCCCUGUGGACUAGCUGUCAAUUCCAUCACCCCCCACCCUGGGCUUGCUCUGACUCACCAUGCCUGAUGGAGCCAUUGAGUGGGAAGGAAGACAGUUUCCAUGUGGGAGACAAUGACAAGCAAAUUGAGGCCCAUCUGGCAAGAUACUGCCAUGGGCCAAUAGGUGAUAUUCUGGCCUUUAGGAGAAGGAAUGGAGUCAGGGGGUUACUCUCAUUGGCCAAGAUAUACUAUGGUGCCCCUGGUUGGUACCAAAGGAGUUGGUCUCUAUUCUGCUACCUUUGUCUUCUCAUGUUGAAAGAGACCUCUGGGUCUCAGCAAG